UGCAUGUCAUUUCUACUCCAAUUUGGGUUUUUUGCCUCAAAUUUCCUAUAUUCUGAAAUGACACGUGUUCUUAAAAUCCUGUUUAAAUGUAUUAACCUGUUUACAAUACUUUUGCAAAUACAUAAAAUUUACCAUGCUUUUUAAAAAUUUCUUAUCAUCUUGGUUCCUUAUCUUUAAACCAGACUUGUCCAGAGCAACCCACGAACAGAGGACACCUUCAGAUAGAGGGAGAACAGGACUGUCCUCUGCAAAGGAGGACAGCCAAUCUUAAUUCCAUCCAUUCGUUGCUACUAACUUAAGUCCUUCUUAUGCAAUUGGCUCUCCUUUGAAUUCGGGCCUACCUCUGUAAUGCAAGGCAGAGCUGCUAUUUUUAAAAUAUAUUUUAAAGAGGCAAGACAACUGGGGUGGGGGGGGGGGAGGCUGGUUCACCAACAGGCCUGUGAGAAGCCUCCCUGCCAAAAAACAAACAAACUCGAGAGAACCUACCUGCUUUGCUCAGUAUGGUGGUGAAGGCAAGGAGGUCGUCUUCUCUUCCAAGGCCUUCCUGUGAGCAGAUGUUGGAUAAAAUUGCUCCUCAGUUGCAGGAGCAGCACACAGGUCAUUGCUGGUUUUUUGAAGCAAUUGCUCCUCACCUAGAAAAGAGGAUGAAGAAGCAGAAAGCCAAGACAAUGGAGAUCCAGCUGAAAAUCUUAGUUGGAGUGAUCUCAUGUCUUUUCCUGUCUUUGUUCAUUAUGUGUGCUGUAUUAAUUCCUCCGAAAGGACCCGCCCAAGACAUUUUGGCAACUGAGGCGAACGACAAAAUGCCCCCUGCCCAACAGGGAACAAGGGUUCGAAACAAAGGAAGCAAUCCUAGACCUUUAACAUUAAAAGAAUAUCUGGAUGGAGACUUCAGUUACAAAACACUUUCUCCUUACUGGAUUUCGGGAAAUGAAUAUCUCCAUCAGUUCUCAGAAGAUGAUAUAAUUCUUUACAAUGUUGAAUAUGGGCAGUCACACACACUCCUGUCUAACAGCGUACUUAAAAAAGUCAAUGCCACAAACUAUAUCCUGUCAGCUGACCAGAAUUUCAUGCUGUUGGAAAGCAACUACUCUAAGCUCUGGAGGUACUCUUAUACAGCAUCCUAUCACAUUUAUGAUCUUGGAAACAGUGCUUUUGUCAAAGGACACGAGCUUCCACAUGACAUUCAGUAUAUAGCCUGGUCACCUGUUGGACACAAAUUGGUUUAUGUGUAUCAGAAUAAUAUCUAUUUGAAACAAGGCCCCAGAGAACCUGCUGUUCAAAUAACUACAAAUGGUUAUUGGAAUGAAAUAUUUAAUGGAAUCCCUGACUGGGUCUACGAAGAGGAAAUGCUUGCUGUAAAAUAUGCACUGUGGUGGUCUCCAAAUGCAAAGAAUGUGGCAUACCUACAGUUUAAUGAUACUGGAAUACCAGUUAUUGAAUAUUCAUAUUAUGGUGAAGAUCAAUAUCCUAGAAAAAUAAAGAUACCAUAUCCAAAGGCUGGGGCUAAAAAUCCUACCGUCAGAGUGUUUGUUGUUGAUGCUACUUAUCCUGAAGCUUUAGGUCCUAAGGAAGUACCUCCUCCAGCAGCGAUAGCAUCAAGCGAUCACUAUGUCACUUGGAUUACUUGGGUGAGAGACAACCGAAUCUGCGUGCAGUGGCUGAAAAGGAUCCAGAACUUUUCCGUGUCAGCCAUCUGCGACUACAAUGACCGCUCCAGGUCCUGGGACUGCCCACAGAAGCAGCAACAUAUAGAAGAAAGUCACACAGGAUGGGCUGGUGGAUUCUUUGUUUCAGCGCCUUCUUUCACUUCGGACGGCAUUUCUUACUACAAAAUAUUUAGUGACAAGGAUGGUUACAAACAUAUUCAUUACGUCAAAGACUCGGUGGAAAAAGCUGUUCCAAUCACUAGUGGAAAGUGGGAGGCCAUAUACAUUUACAGAGUCACAGAUGACGCCAUAUUCUAUUCAAGCAAUGAAUUUGAAGGCUAUCCAGGAAGAAGAAAUAUUUACAAAAUUAACAGAAGAAAUCCCGGGACAAGGCAGUGCAUUACUUGUUAUUUAAGAAAAGAAAGAUGCCAGUACUAUGCAGCAAGUUUCAGUUACAAUGCCAACUAUUAUGCUUUGCUCUGUUACGGCCCAGGCAUUCCCAUUUCUACUAUUUACGAGAGCAGAUAUGACAGAGAAGUUCGAAUUUUGGAAGACAACAGGGAUUUGGAAUCUUCUCUGCAAAAGAUCAGCAUGCCUACCACAGAUUUUGACAAACUUGAAGUGGAUGGUAUAACCUUGUGGUACAAAAUGGUGCUCCCUCCACGGUUUGAUAAAUCCAAGAAGUAUCCCCUUCUCAUACAGGUGUACGGCGGACCUUGCAGUCAAAGCGUGAAACACACGUUUGGGGUUAGCUGGACGACCUACCUUGCGAGCAAAGAAGAGAUUGUGGUGGCUUUCGUGGAUGGAAGGGGGACGGCCUUCCAAGGAGAUGAAAUGUUAUACGCGGUCUAUCGGAAACUUGGGGUUUAUGAAGUUGACGAUCAGAUCUCAGCUGUAAGAAAGUUUAUAGACAUGGGAUUUAUUGACGAAAAAAGGAUAGCCAUAUGGGGAUGGUCUUACGGUGGCUACGUUGCCUCGCUGGCACUUGGGUCUGGCACUGGAGUGUUUCAGUGCGGGAUGGCAGUGGCUCCUGUCUCCAGCUGGGAGUAUUAUGCAUCUAUCUACACGGAGCGAUUUAUGGGCCUCCCAACCAAAGAAGACAAUCUGGAGCACUACAGAAAUUCGACAGUGAUGGCAAAAGCAGAGAACUUCCGUGAUGUGGAGUACCUUCUCAUCCAUGGAACAGCAGAUGAUAAUGUACAUUUUCAGAACUCAGCACAGAUCUCCAAAGCCUUAGUCAAUGCACAAGUGGAUUUCCAGGCAAUGUGGUAUGCUGACCAGGACCAUGGGAUUCCAGGCCUUUCUCUUAAGCACCUCUACACCCACAUGACCCAUUUCCUCAAGCAGUGUUUUUCCCUGGCUUAAGGAGAGUCCCUCCUCUCCGUGGGCCUGUACAGCAAGGAGAACGACGCGUGCUUUGCUAGAAAGCAACACGAGCUGCACAGAUUAAGCAUAUUCUGGAAGCAGGAUAAGAAAGUGAGAAUUAAAGAAGGCUUGGCAUGGACAGUCUCUUGUGGACACAUGAGCAUUAGCAAAUAAUAUUACAGUUUGCGUCCAGGUACACGUAUUUGUUAGGAAACAAAUGAACAAUAAAAUAAAAACAAAAACAAGUGUUUUGAAGGCUG